AUGGAACUUGUCGAUCUUGUCGAACUGGAGGUGCGAGAAAUGCUGGAUAUGUAUUCGUUCCCUGGUGACGAUACGCCAUUCAUCCGGGGUGCUGCACUGAAAGCGUUGAACGGCGACACUGGUGAAUAUGGUGUCCCAGCCAUCAAGAAGCUAAUGGAAGCUGUCGAUUCGUUCUUCCCAGAUCCAGAAAGGGAUGUGGACAAGCCCUUCCUCAUGGGCGUGGAGAGUGUGAUGAGCAUCACGGGGAAGGGCACAGUUGCCACAGGCAAAAUCGAGCGUGGCAUUGCGAAGACGGGUGACACGAUCGAGAUUGUCGGGGUCAAGGACAAGGCCGCGAAGGCCACCAUCUCUGGCAUAGAGAUGUUCCACAAAACACUGGAUGAGGGCCAGUCUGGCGAUCAGUGUGGAAUUAUGCUGAAGGGCAUCAAGAGAAACGAGAUCUUGCGAGGGCAGGUUCUGUGUGCUGCCGGGACUGUGAAAACGUUCUCUAAGUUUGAUGCAGACAUCUACGUGCUUAAGGAGGACGAAGGUGGACGCAAGAAGCCUUUCUUCUCCAACUAUAGACCACAGGCAUUCAUCCGAACGGGCAUGGUGACUGUGGAAGUGCAGCUUCCCGACAGUGUUGAAAUGGCCAUGCCGGGGGAUUCCCUCUCCAUCAGCCUGGCGGCCGAGAAGCCCAUGGCUUUGGAGGAAGGGCUGCGCUUUGCUCUCCGGGAAGGCGGUCUCACGGUAGGCUCUGGCAUCAUCACCAAGUGCUACUAG